AUGAUAGUAACAUUUAAUUCGAGAUCACAGAAAACAGAGGGAAAUCAAAUCAAUUCCGAAACCACGGCGACUUCAAAUACCACAACAACUGUUGCUACCAAAGUGGUAAAACAGAAACUUCAGGAAAGGCCGAAGAAUGUGAAACAUAUCAAUGGCUCUAAAGAUUAUUACAAGUUCAAAGAUGGAAGAUCGCGGAAUGGAUGUUUGACUUGUAAAGUACGAAAGAAGAAAUGCUCCGAAGAAAAACCAGUUUGCAAUGACUGUCUGAGAUUUGGUAAAAAUUGUAUUUACAUAAAUGAUUCCAUGAGUGAACAGGAAAUUAAAGAUCUCAAAAAGAGUGUGGAAUUACAAGAAAGAAACCAGAAAUUAAGGAAACGGAAACCCAAAUCGAAAAAAUCCAUUGCAAAAUCAGCACUUGCUACGCCAGAUACCCAUUCAUCUGAUUCAAUAUCCCCAAUAUCCCCUGUGCCUCGUAAGAAACCCAAAAGAUUAAACACUGUUGACGUUGAUGCAAAUAGAACAAUUGACGAGUCUCUGGAUCCAUUCAAAGUAUUUUCAUACAAGUCUACGCUACAACCUACGGUGAAUCCAGUUUCGCCAGGACACUCAAUACCACCCAAUUCACCAGCAAUACAGAACCUAAUACAUCCAGCAGGUACGCUGCAAGAACAAGAGUUUCCCCCACAAAAGCCUCUACGAUAUUUAGAAAAUGCAACAAAAGAAACAGAAGUAAUAGAAGAGAUUAUCCCAGAAGGUAGUACUGGUCUGGAAAUAAGUUCGCCAUCAACAUUUUUGACUUUUCUUCGAGAUCUUAAUUCCCAUCAUAGUCAUACUUCUCAUCAUCAUCAUGUUGGUCAUAUAGAUGUUCACAAUGGUCAUAGUCAAAUAAGAGGUAGUGAUGAGAUUGAAACUGAUAAUGAAGAUGAUAAUUUACAUAAAUUUCAACCUUUAGAUGACUUGGAGAAUCCUGAACUACGGGAAAUUUUAACAUCACCCGAUUUUAAUGAUGCAUUGGAAUCAUUUGAAAACUCUUCUCAAUUAAUUAAUGGUUCGAACAUUUCAUAUACUGAUUUGAUUUCAAGUUUGAAUCUGUUUCUACAUCAUCCUCCAAUACCUCCUUCACCGACAUAUAUUCCGGAAUUGAGUGAUCCUACUAGUUCAUAUCUUUAUAAUUAUUAUGCCGAUGUAUUGUCCAAGAAAAUAUCAAUUGCCCCAAUAUCACAGAAUGAGUCAAAUUCAUAUCAAAAGGUAUUCUUGCCCUUGGCACAUAAGGAUAAAGGUGUCUUGUAUGCUAUUUUGGCGUGGUCAGGAUUCCAUUUGGGAGGACAUUGGUCAGAAGAAGGGGUCAGAUAUCUUGAAUAUGCCUUGGAUCAUUUGAACAAAUCAAUGUUUGAUAGACCCCAUCAUGACCGUCAAAUGAUCUUGAAUAUGUUAGCCACUUUAAUGAUUUUAUGUGCUGCAGAAAUUUGUAAAGGUGACGUCAAGAAUUGGUCAGUAUAUUUACAUUGGGGAUGGAAGUUGUUAUCAAGUAAUGGUGGGAUUCUAAGUUUUAAUAAACUGAAGGAGGAACAUUGGUUAAUUUCCAAUUUUGCUUAUCAUGAUUUGUUAGCUAGUUCAUCUAGUGAAAGAGGUACUUAUUUCCCAUCUGAAGAAUACGAUUUCAUUUUUAGAGAUGAUGAUGGGUUCUCAUCAGGCAAUUUGAACCCAUUGUUGGGAAUUUCGAAAAACUUGUACCGAAUAAUUGGUGAUAUAUCAACAUUAUUAUUUGAAAGUAAAAAACAAUUGGAUAUUUUCUACAGUCGAGAAUUUACAGGAACUCCUCCUAGAGUUGCUGAAGAGUUUGAAGAUGUUGAUGAUUGUGAAUCACAAAUAAGUGAUCAUGGUAAGGCAAGUCAAAUAUUAUUGUCAGUUAUUUCCAAAGUCAAGAAUUUGGAAAAGCAAAUUGAUGAAUCCAAACCAGCAGCAAAAGACUUGGUAGACUUAACUGAUCAAGAGUUAGAACUACAAUUAACUUUGUUUGAAGCAUUUCAGUUGAGUGCAAAAUUGUUUUUGAGACAAUCAAUUAUGAAAUGCAACCCUUCAAUGUUGGAAAGUCAAGUGUUGAAUAAUGAUUUAAUCAAAUGUUUAGAUAUCUUGGUGGGGACUUCGGUGCAAGCUUCUUUGGUGUUCCCCAUAUUUAUUUCUGGUAUCCAUUGUGUUUCGAGACACGAUCAGGAACUGAUGAGACACAGAAUAAAUAAGUUUAUUAAACUAUAUGGACUUUGGAAUGUUUGUAGAGUGAGUUUUGUAUUACAGAAAAUAUGGAAAGAGAAUCCUGAUGGUAAUAAAGUGGUUGAUUGGCAUAAUCUAUUAAAAGAAUUAGGUUGGGAUAUAAAUUUUGCAUAG